AUGGAAGUGUUCCCUGAGCCCCUGCGGCAGGGCAGGGGGCUGGUGCUGGUCCGACGGCAGCCCCCGGCGCCCCAGGCCCUGCGCGAGAGGCUGAAGGCUCGGCUGCAGCAGGGCUGUGCAUGCAGCGUGCCACGAGCCCAGGCGCUGCUGCAGGACCUGGUCCCCGCCACACGCUGGCUGCGCCAGUACCGCCUGCGGGAAUACCUGGCAGGUGACGUGCUGUCCGGGCUGGUCAUCGGUAUCAUCCUGGUGCCACAGGCCAUCGCGUACUCGAUGCUGGCCGGGCUGCAGCCCAUCUACAGUCUCUACACCUCCUUCUUUGCCAACCUCAUCUACUUCCUCAUGGGCACCUCACGCCAUGUCUCUGUGGGCAUCUUCAGCCUGCUCUGCCUCAUGGUGGGGCAGGUGGUGGACCGUGAGCUCCAGCUGGCUGGCUUCGACCCCUCCCAGGACGGCCCGGGGCCCGGGGCCAAUAGCAGUGCCCUCAACAGCUCGGCCAUGACGCUGGCACUCGGGCUGCAGGACUGCGGGCGGGACUGCCACGCCAUCCGCAUCGCCACUGCCCUCACACUCGUGACUGGGGUUUACCAGGUCCUCAUGGGCGUCCUCCGGCUGGGCUUUGUGUCUGCCUACCUCUCACAGCCACUGCUCGACGGCUUUGCCAUGGGGGCCUCUGUGACCAUCCUGACCUCACAGCUCAGGCACCUGCUGGGUGUGCGGGUCCCUCGGCACCAGGGGCCUGGCCUGGUGGUCAGCACAUGGCUGAGCCUGCUGCGCAGUGCCGGGCAGGCCAACAUCUGUGACGUGGUUACCAGCACCGUGUGCCUGGCUGUGCUGUUGGCCGCUAAGGAGCUCUCGGACCGCUGCCGGGGCCGCCUGAGGGUGCCGCUGCCCACGGAGCUGCUGGUCAUCGUGGUGGCCACCCUCGUGUCCCACUUUGGGCAGCUCCACAAGCGCUUCGGCUCGAGUGUGGCUGGCAACAUCCCCACUGGCUUUGUGGCCCCACAGGUGCCUGAUGCCAGGCUGAUGCGGCAUGUGGCACUGGAUGCCGUGCCCCUAGCCCUGGUGGGCUCAGCCUUCUCCAUCUCGCUGGCGGAGAUGUUUGCCCGCAGCCACGGCUACUCUGUCUGCGCCAACCAGGAGCUGCUGGCUGUGGGCUGCUGCAACAUGCUGCCUGCCUUCUUCCACUGCUUUGCCACCAGUGCUGCCCUGGCCAAGAGCCUGGUGAAAACGGCCACCGGCUGCCAGACACAGUUGUCCAGUGUGGUCAGCGCGGCUGUGGUGCUGCUGGUGCUGCUGGCACUGGCGCCACUAUUCCGAGACCUGCAGCGGAGCGUGCUGGCCUGCAUCAUUGUCGUCAGCCUGCGGGGGGCCCUGCGCAAGGUGAGGGACCUCCCGCAGCUGUGGCGGCUGAGCCCAGUGGACGCGCUGGUCUGGGUGGCCACCGCAGCCACCUGCGUGCUGGUCAGCACGGAGGCAGGGCUGCUGGCCGGCGUGCUCCUCUCGCUGCUCAGCCUGGCGGGCCGCACACAGCGCCCGCGUGCUGCCCUGCUUGGCCGCGUCGGGGACUCAGCCUUCUACGAGGACGCUGCAGAGUUCGAGGGCCUGGUCUCUGAGCCCGGGGUGCGGGUGUUCCGCUUCGCGGGGCCACUUUACUACGCCAACAAGGACUUCUUCCUGCGGUCACUCUACAGCCUCACGGGGCUGGACGCUGGGCGCCUGGCUGCCCAGAGGAAGGAGCGGGGCUCAGAGGUGGGGGUCAGCGAGGGAGACUCCGUCAGUGGCCAGGACCUGGGCCCUGCGAGCAGCAGGGCCGCACUGGUACCCGUGGCAGCUGGCUUCCACACGGUGGUCAUUGACUGCGCCCCACUGCUGUUCCUGGAUGCAGCUGGCAUGGCCACGCUGCAGGACCUGCGCCGAGACUACAGGGCCCUGGGCGUCACCCUGCUCCUGGCCUGCUGCAACCCCUCAGUAAGGGACGCUCUGAGGAGAGGUGGCUUCCUGGAGGAGGACCAGGGGGCUGCAGCCGAGGAGAAACAGCUGUUCCAUAGCGUGCACGGGGCUGUGCAGGCCGCGCAAGCCUGCCGCGGGGAGCUGGCUGCUGCAAACUCCACCCUGUAGCAAGCAGGGCCAGGGCCUGCCCCCAGCCCCUCCCCCUCCCAGGAGCCCUCAGCAGACAUCGCAAGCCACCACCGACAUCCUCCCCGGGGAGCAACG